ACUUUCAAUCUAUUAAUAAAAGUAUGCUUUUUACAUUUUUUACAUUUUUGAUGUUUACAGUUCAAUCCAAUUGACUCAAGCUAAGGAUGAAGUUGUCUUUGUUGAUUUGUUUCUUUGCAUUCAGUCUCGUCUCAUGUGUUGACUACACUGAGAUCGUUGAGUUACCAUUUGGUAAGAUAAGAGGUGCUGUUGAAUAUUGGCGAGGUCGAGCUGCUUAUGAAUACAAAGGAAUCCCUUUUGCAACUCCGCCGGUUGGAUCACGUCGUUACCUCAGAGCAACUGAGCCAAAAUCAUGGGAAGGAAUCAAAGAUACAGUUUCAUAUGGAAAAGCCUGUCCUCAGAAUCCAUUGUUAACGAAUGACCAAGAUGAAGAUUGCCUUUAUAUGAAUGUUUAUGUGAACAAAGAGACAUUUGAUAAUCGUCAUAAACAACUUAAGCCAGUACUUGUGUGGAUUCAUGGUGGAGCGUUCAUGGUUGGAAGUGGUAAUGAUCCUGAUUCCUAUAGAGGAAUACCAUUGGUAAUAGUUGAAGAUGUUGUUUUAGUGACAUUCAACUAUCGACUUGGAGUUUUUGGUUUCUUGAAUCCUGGUGAACUGAUUCCUUCACUUCCAGCUAAUCUUGGUCUUUGGGAUCAAAAUUUAGCUCUACAAUGGGUCAACCAGAAUAUCCAUCUUUUUGGUGGUGAUCCCAAUAAAGUUACGAUCUUUGGUCAAUCAGCAGGUUCAAUGUCUGUGGCUUAUCAAAUCUUGUCUCCUCAUUCUAGAGGUUUAUUUAAAGGAGCCAUCAUGGAGUCAGGAAGGUUUAUGAGUGAUUACAUUCCAGAACAAAAUCGAACAAACAUCGUUGAAGAUUUCAUCGAGUCUUGCAAUUGUACUAAUGUUGUCGAUCCAUUGGCUUGUUUGAAAUCAGUUCACUGGCGAGAUCUGAUUGAUAGCUCACCAAGUACUAUUUUAAGCCCAACUUUUGGCGAUGAUUUCAUACCAAUGGAACCAGAAGAAGCAGUCAAAAGCCGCAAAUUCAAUGAUGUUAAUUUAUUGGCUGGUGCUGAGAGAGAUGAAGGAAAUGGCCUUGUUUGUGGCACUUACAAGUUUGCACACCUCAAAGCUUCAACAUCAGCAACUGGAACUUAUGCUUAUAUUCACACUCAGGCACCAAUGAAAGAAUACAAUGAUAAUCCAGCGUGUGGCAGAGCCGUUGAUAAGGUUUGCCAUAGUGAUGAUAUUCCGUUCAUUUUUGGAGCACCUCUUCGUGAGCCUCAACAUUAUGAUGCCGAUGACAUCGAAUUGAGCAUCCACAUGAUGAGAAUUUGGGGUGAAUUUGCAUGGUCAGGAAAACCAACUCGACAAGGUCCAAUUGAUUGGCCACUGAUUGCCGAGAAAUCAUCUAAAGUUUUAAAUUUGAUUGAAUUGAACAACAAAUUUCUUGGUAAAAUUGACACUACAACUGGGACUAACUGUCUCGUUAACUGAUUGUUAUUAAUAAAUGCCAACACCUUGCAAAUGUUUUACUCUCUUUGUUCGGUUAAUUGUUGUUUAAAUCACUUACUUAUUAAUCCAAAUUAAAAAUAUAAUAACAACUAA